AUGACGGACUGGCUGAGACCUGUCUUUGGACGAGGCAGAACAUACGGCGCGUCAAAUGCCAGUGAACGGCCAAGCAACCUCUCUUUCGACGAGAGUGUUGCUGGCACGGAGAGUGAGGAUGGCAUCUCGAUCCAUGCCAGCACCCCCCGACUUCGACCCUCAUCUCGAGUAUCUUCCUUCAUUGGCAUCCGUCCCGCGACGCCGCCAAUCCCCCCGACGCCGGAUACAUUCUUUAGCCUUCGGAAUCCCGAGACGGUGUAUCACAAGCCCUCGGGGGAUCAGAUGGCGGAAAUGCUCAAGGUGAUCAUGAUGAAUCAGAGCUCGGUCGCGCCGGUCCCGGUGGAAUACAACAGCGCCAUCCUGCACGUACUGGAAGCCUAUCAAGAGCUGGGACAGGAGCUACGGAGAAAGAACGAGUCGAUCGAAGAGCUGAAGCAGGGGCACACGAAGGACAUCAAGGACUUUGAGACGUUGGCUACGCAGUGGGAUUUGAAGGAGCGGGACUACAAGAAUGAGAUGAGGAAGUUGGAGGUCUUGCUGAGCAACACAGAGGGGGGUAUGGAAAAAGUCAGCUUGGCUAGAACCAAGAGUACAGUCCAUGGCUCGAAGAUUGGAGAAAGAAUCGGACGGGAGGUUGGCACGAUCAAGGCGCGAAACGUUGCGCGUAACUCCAGAGGGCGUUCGGACAGUAUCACAGAGAUACCCAUCGAGAUUACUCCGAAUGACAAAUAUCGAGCCGAUCGAUUCUUCAAGACCAGAAUCAGAGCCAAUGCGCGAGAAGUGUCGACCGACGUUCGUAAUACACCACCCGAAAUCUCUUCCAAGGGCCGUGUUCUAGAGUCACGAGCAUCCACUAGCAGUUUUCCUCUGUACGCGUCGCCAGCAGAGUUGGUCGAAUCGGUGCGACAACAAGGUCCAGAUCCUGACUUGGCGGCACUUAGCCAGGCGCAGCUUGAGGAGCUUGCGCGACGGCAAGCACAGGCGGAGUUUGGGGCGGCCUUCAAUUCGUCUUCCGAGUCGGAAUCGAGCACAAAUUCACCCAAGGGUAGGAGCGACACCGUUUCCCCACUUGCUGCCCCUUCUGGGCUUGGUAUUGGCUUCCAGGCGAGGUCCAUGUCGAUCAAUUCGACAGGCUCGAUAUGGAGGAUGGCAGAUCUGUCGAUCCGGGAAUCCAUAGGCUCCAAGUCUCGCUAUGACAGCCUGUCCCAGGAAUCGCCUUCGCAGGUUGCGUUCUCCUUCCGACCGGGCGACGAUGAAGUCCUCGCGCAAAGGGCCAGGACCGGCCAGACACCAAGACGGACCCGAGCAGGCUACAGUCAUCCGCGAAGUUCCACAGAAGCGAGCCAGCCGCCGUCGGAGUCACCCUCUCUGUCAAGAGACGGUACCUUCGAGACGUCUCGCCACUCGAGGACGGAGGCGACCAAGCCCUCCGGAAGAACGGCCGUGCCCCCGAGAACAUCCAGCCGAAGCCGACCACGCGAGAUCCAGGAGACGGAGACGACGAGGCGUGACGAGUCGAACAGCAGCUUUGUCACCGCACUUCGUCACAACUCCGGACGAAGCAGCGCGCACGGAUCGCAGAACAGCAGCCGGAAUCGACGAAACCUGGACAGGAACUCUGGAAGUGGCGAGGCUGUCACGGCUGCCGCGAGGGCCUUCAACGGUGCGAAGCGGCGGCCGGUCCUGGAUCGCUCCGGCUCCUCCGGGUACCAGGGAGCUCGAGAGAGGAGAAGCCAGGACGAGGCAUCGAUGGACGGUCGAGGUCCGAAGUGA